ACAAAUAGUCGCGGACCCGCCGCCAAGCCGCCUCUGUGGCGCUCCCCGCUCUACCAUGACUGACUGGGAAGCGCUGGCUCGAGCAGAGCCGCGCCGCUGGCGCAGGCAGGAGGAUUAUUAAAUAACGCAGCUCGACUCCGCAACUGGGAGUGGAGAGAGGAGCCCAACAGCCAAGACGGGGAGGGAGGGCAGAGGACGGGGACCAGGAAGGACACCCCCUGUCCCCCGAAGACAAAAUCCCCGAGUGCCCGGGAGGAGCCUUAACAAGCGGCGCGGAGCCCUCCAGGCUGCUAAGUUGGCUAUCACAGUGCAAGCUUGGGAGUCCCAAUGGGGGACUCAGGAUCAAGAAGAUCUACCUUGGUUUCCCGGUUGCCAAUAUUCAGAAGAAGUAUUAGUAGAAGACAUGAUUCCCUUCCUUCCUCACCUUCUUCCAGCAACACAGUUGGUGUCCAUAGCUCCUCUCCUUCCAGCACUAACUCAAGCUCAGGUAGCACAGGUAAACGCAGAAGCAUAUUCCGUACCCCUUCCAUUAGUUUCCACCAUAAGAAGGGGAGUGAACCUAAGCAAGAACCUACCAAUCAGAACCUUAGUAUUUCAAAUGGUGCUCAACCUGGUCACAGCAAUAUGCAGAAACUGAGUUUGGAAGAACAUAUUAAAACUAGGGGAAGACAUUCUGUUGGUUUUAGUAGUUCACGAAAUAAGAAUAUAACAAGAUCAUUGACAGAGGAUUUUGAAAGGGAAAAGGAGCACUCAACUAAUAAGAAUGUCUUUAUAAAUUGUCUGAGCUCUGGCAAGAGUGAGGGGGAUGAUUCUGGAUUCACAGAAGAACAAACACGCCGUUCUGUCAAGGAGUCAACGAGGAAGCUACUCCCUAAAUCUUUCUCGUCUCACUAUAAAUUCUCAAAACCGGUUCUACAGAGCCAAUCCAUUUCGUUGGUACAACAGUCUGAAUUCUCGCUGGAAAUUACACAGUACCAAGAGAGAGAACCUGUAUUGGUAAGAGCUUCCACACCUUGUUCUGUGGAGGUAACAGAACGGGCUGGCAGCUCUUUACAAUCUCCUUUGCUUUCUACUGAUCUUACCACUGCUCAGACACCUUCAGAAUUUUUAGCCUUGACUGAAGAUUCUGUGUCUGAAACGGAUGCGUUUCCCAAAAGUGGAAGCCUAGCAUCCCACUGUGACAACUUUGGCCACAAUGAUUCUACCUCUCAGAUUUCUCCCAAUCCUGCUGCUGCUACAAAGACAACAAUAGAACGUGUAGGAACUGUUCCCUGUGCAAUUACGCCUCCUGGGAAAUACAGGCUAGAAGGUCGAUGUAGCACUGAAUCUAAUUCCUCGCCAGAAGCCUCUGCUGCUAAUCAGAAGGAAGUAUUACUGCAAAGCACUGAACUACCUGUUAUGAAUCUGAGCAACUCAGAGACUAACCUACCAGCAGACACUGAAAGGCAAGAAAGUCCAGGGUUACAAAAUGGUGAAACAAUACUGGGGACAAGCUCCCCGAGGAAACUGGGGUUUUAUGAGCAGCAUAAAACAAUAGCUGAACGUGUUAAAGGGAUCCAUCCUAUUUCAGAUUCAAAGAUAAUCCCCUAUUCCGGUGAUCAUCAUAUUUUUAACAAAACUUCGUAUGGAUAUGAGUCAAAUCCUGCCAAAGUUCUUGCCAGUAGCCUCAGCCCAUAUCGUGAAGGAAGAUUUAUAGAGCGGCGACUGCGAUCCUCAUCAGAGGGAACUGCGGGGAGUAGCAGAAUGAUUUUAAAACCAAAAGAUGGGCAUGGAGAAGAAGUUAAUAGUUUAAGAAAGCAAAGAGCGGGUUCCUCGUCUUCAAAAAUGAACAGUAUGGAUGUUUUGAAUAAUUUGGGAUCUUGUGACCUGGAUGAAGAUGAUCUAAUGCUUGAUCUAGAGUUUUUAGAGGAACAGAAUCUUCAUCCUUCUGUUUGCCGGGAGGAUUCCUAUCAUUCUGUCGUGUCCUGUGCUGCCGUAGUUCUCACUCCUGUGGAACCAACGAUAGACAUGAAGAGAGAAGAACCAAAACGUCCUGAGCCUUCCAAACAGAACCUUUCCCUGAAAUUAACAAAAGACGUGGACCAGGAAGCCAGGUGCUCUCAUGUCAGCCGCAUGCCCAGCAGUCCAUCCGCAGAUUGGCCCCUGCAAGGUGUGGAGGAAAACGGCGGCGUAGAUUCUCUGCCGUUCCGACUGAUGUUACAGGACUGCACAGCAGUCAAGACGCUGUUAUUAAAGAUGAAGAGAGUCCUGCAAGAGAGCGCAGACAUGAGCCCAGGGAGCAGCACAACUUCCCUGCCUGUGAGUCCUCUUACUGAAGAGCCAGUGCCUUUCAAGGAUAUAAUGAAAGAUGAAUGCUCGAUGCUCAAGCUGCAGCUGACGGAGAAGGAUGAACUCAUUUCCCAACUUCAGGAAGAGCUGGAAAAACUCCAGCACUUACAGAAGGCCUUUGCCUCAAGAGUAGAUAAGUCCACACAGACUGAACUUCUAAGCUAUGAUGCCCUGUGGAAUCCUACAUGCACUGAAGUUUUAUUUAAACUCGUACAUAGGCCAACCUAGGUUAAAUCAUUAAUUGACCACAAGAAAUGCACCACUAAUUUGUGACACGCUAAAUAUUGAGUAAUGUCAGUUUUUCCAUCAUUCCAUAUUUAACUGUUUU